AUGGCUAUACAUGCAUGGAAGUUAUGGCAUGCCAGGAAUGAAAGAUUGUGGGUCAAUAAAGUUUUGUCGCCCAGUGAGGUUCAUCAUGCUGCUAGUUCCUAUUUUAAUGAUUAUGUGGCUUCACUUGUGUCUCGACCAAGGACGUUAUCCCACCCAUCUGUUCCUCGUGUGCUCCCAUUAGUUGAGGCUACCACUCUUGAAGUUGAUUGGAUUGCAUUCAUUGAUUGUGCAGUCUUUGCUAGUGCUGAUUUGUUCGGUUUUGCAGCAGUAUUUGAGGACUUGGAAUGCUUCUUUUCCAUUGCAAUUUCGGGUUUCUAUGAGGGGGGUGGGCAACCUGUUAUUGCUAAAGCUUUGGCCUUGCGUCAAUGUUUAUCUUAUGCUAGAGAUUGUUUUCUUCAGGCGGGUUGUAUUUUUACGGAUAACCAAUCCUUAGCCUUGGCUAUUCGCUCUCCUCUGGAUGACUUUUCAGAGUUUGGAUUAGUUGUUUCUGAUUGCAAAGAUAUUAUGCGGUCUCAGGGUAACAUUCAUGUUUGUUGGGUACGGCGUUCAGAAAAUAGAGCCGCCCAUUUAUUAGCUAGAGAGUCUAUUCAUCAUGGUAGAUUCAAGAUUUGGAUUGACAUUCCUGAUUGUCUCUUGGAUUAUUAUUCUACAAGAUAA